UCUUUCAGCAAAUGGAGCGUACUUUUCAAUGUCCAACGUUGUCAUGAAUCUGCCAGGCGACAAAUCGCAUUAUCCGCCCACAGAUCACUCCAUAUUGACGUUGUACGCUCUAAGAGACGGCGAACAUUACCACAGCAGAACAGAGCACUUCGUGUACUCUCUGAACACGAAUGGGGAACCAGUGGCGCAAGUUUUUCGGCCGACGGGAGAUAUCAUGUUCAAGAAGGUUUUCUUUGAGAAAGACGUCGCGAACAUCACAAUGCAGGCGGCUGUGGACGAUAACUCUGGAAUGAUAGACACGACAACAAUUCAACUAAAUAUCGGCCCAAAAUAUCCACUAAACUGCGAUUUAAUGUUGCACGAUUUAUGCUUCUGGCAAUCCGCUACUUACCGUAUAUUCGAAAAUCGACAACCGACGGUAAUUGGUUCGCUCAAUUCACCUUACUUGGCAGAAAUGUGCAAGGGAUAUAAAUUAAGCUAUGCAUUACUGGAUGGAGGAAAUCAGUUUGACGUGGUAACACCCUCAGACAUUAAUAAAUCGUGGGAGCUCCGUUCGCUGAAAUCGCUGGACAGGGAUGUGAAUCGUUCAAUGAAAGUGUUCAGCACACCGCUGAGCGAAUCGGGCGAAUAUCGAUACUUAUCUGUGAAAUGUGCUAUUAAAAAUCCUUCGGGCAAGAUGCAAGAUAUAAUGAAAAAUAUUACGAUCAAGAUUCUGGACGAAGAUGACAAUCUGCCGGCAACUGGUUUUCAAGGAGGAUUCGUUGGUAUACAGCUGGGAAAUAACUUGCUGCAAAAGGGUCAAGUGAUCGAACAUAAGGACUUGAUGUUCAUGGAUCGCGACUCGCCACCUGUCAACGCGUACCUUAUAUCAAUAUCCGAUGAUAAGCUGCACGUCUUUGACCCCAACUGCUCCAUCUUCGAAGACGAUCGCGAAAAUGAGACUCACACGGCGAUAUUUUGCAAAUUAAUCGUCACCAAGGAUAUACGACUUUCGGAAUCGCCAUACACGAUAACGCUAAAAAUAAACGACACCACCCUUUUACCGGGAUUUGGAAACAGUGUGAUAAGCGUCCCUAUAAGAGUAUAUUUCGAAAGAUAUGAAGAGUUUCCCAAAGCUCUCGCCCUGACGAUGCCGCCAACUGAUCUCUCACUGCCACUACUUCUAUAUCCGCAUCGCGAGGUAACGAUUUUCAGAACCGCAGCACCAUAUGCAAGGGUGACACAGCCCCUUAAAAUGAACCUACGUAAGGGGAUAUCAUCAUUUUCAAUCUUAAAUGAUACUUCACAUGAAGCGUUCGCUAUAACGGAAACCGAAGGAAUCGUUUACGUUAAAAACGUCAUGAAAAUGCGGGAAGCGGCAUCACACGUACGUGUAACAGUACAAUGGCUCAACAAUAAAGUUACACAAACGGACAAUAUUGUAAUAAAAAUAAGCAACGAGCCAAACCACACCUGUCACGACCGGGGCCCCUCAACAAGAGAUUGGAACAUGUGCGCGUUUUAUCGAAGUAAAAAGGAUUGCAAUAAAGGAUGUGGCAUCUCCACAGGAGGAGCACCCGCAGUCGAGCGGCGAAAAAUCAUUAACAAUCCGGAGAGGUGUAUGUGGAGAGGAGAUCCACAUCCUGGAAACGAGCAAACGCAUUUAUACGCAACAUGCACGCCCGACAUUGACACUUGUCCCAACGGCGUUUGCGAUUCGCUGGAAAAUCUUUCACCUCUGAUAUGCCCACAGGAUUGUUCAGCCGAAGUUGUAUUUCCACUGCAACGAAAUCCCAGGACGGGACGAGGAUUUGAUGUGGGGGCGGGAAUUUGCUCGUGUAACCCGUCCGGUGGUUGCCUGUGCGAUAUGGCCGAGAAAAGGCAAGCUAAACCAAAACCGUUAACGACCAGAGCUCCAGAACGCAACGCGACCAUUGCAAAUAACUCCAGUUUUUCGCCUCCGAUUGUUCAAUCGAAUGUGAGCAGACGCACCGGUGUAGACAUUUCAGCGUGUGGCACCAAGUGUAUCCUGGGUAUAACCGGAUCUGCAGUGGUCUUGGUGACCAUUAUAUGCGGAAUGAUUAUAUGCUUCAGGCAGUAUCGGAAACGUAGGAUGGUGCGCGAGAAGUUUUCAAACGACACCACUGAUCUGUCUGUUCCACUGUCUGAUUACGUCGACCGUUCGGCUCCGACCGAAAACCUGAAUUUUAACUUCAAUGUAACAACAAUAAUGGGAUUUACCACCGGGGCGGAGCCGGAUCCUAAAUGGGAAUUCCCAAGAGGCCAACUGAAAAUUGAGCAGACACUUGGUGAAGGAGAGUUCGGAAGGGUGCUCAGGGCACAAGCGUUAAGCAUUGGAGGACAGCCAGGCUACACAACGGUAGCUGUGAAGACACUAAAAAAUGACGCAGGUGAAAGGGAAUUGGCUGAUUUGCUAUCGGAGUAUCAGCUGCUGAAAGAAGUCUCGCAUCCAAAUAUUAUAAAACUUCUGGGAGCUUCUACGGUGCCUGGCGGUCCCGUUUAUUUAAUCAUCGAGUUUGCCGAGCACGGAUCUCUAAGAAACUAUUUGCGCAGAAGUAGGCAUUUACACACCGAUUUACACAUACAAACGAAUCCAAUGCAGAAUUUGUCGCUGCCGCCGGAGCACUACGACGAACCGAAAAUCUGCGACAUCACUCCGAACGAAAUAUUGUCGUUUGCUUGGCAAAUUGCUAAUGGAAUGGCUUACCUCAGCGAUAUAAAGUUGGUACACAGAGACUUAGCCGCAAGAAACAUCUUAUUAGCAGCGGAAAAGGUAUGCAAGAUAUCAGACUUUGGACUCACAAGGGACAUCUACCAAGACGACGCAUACUUCAAACGUAGUAAAGGCAGAGUUCCAAUAAAGUGGAUGGCACCGGAAUCGCUAUCCGAUCACGUGUACACAAACAAAUCGGACGUCUGGAGCUUUGGAAUUUUAAUAUGGGAGCUGGUGACAUUAGGCGCGUCACCUUACCCUGGGAUAGUGGUGCAGUCGUUGUUUCAUCUUCUGAAAACGGGUUACAGAAUGGAAAGGCCAGAAAAUUGUUCUGUAGUAUUGUAUAAGGUGAUGAGGAGCUGCUGGAGCUUAGAUCCGGAAAAGCGCCCUACAUUUUCCGAGUUGUCGAUGAAAUUUGAGAAGAUGCUAGCCGACAAGGUUGAAUAUCUGGAUCUCACUAGCAACGCUUUCAAUAAUCGAGGAUACUUCUGUGAUAAUCUGGAGGACAUAGAAGUGGACGUGGAGGACUCGGCGAAUACUGUUAAAGUCAACACGGAGGCCAUCAACUAUUUAAACAAAACGAUAGAUUAUGAGAAAUGCGGGAACGCUACCAAAAUAAACGUAGUGCAACCGGAAGAGGAAAAAAUUAAAAACGACGCCCUGCUCUCUACGUCACAACCUGAUCUGCAAAACAGCUUGGGUUACGAAACCCCAGUUAAGUUGCAAAACAAACCCGACAACACGCUUACCACACCAGUUAAUGAGUUUCCACAAUAUGGCUACACGGACAUGAACGCUUGCAAAUCUAAAUAAAUUUUUUCGCCGCGAUGUUUUAGCACAAUUUUGCCUUUGCUUUUAUUUGUGGAAGAAACAACUGUUUCUUUGUGAACAAUUAAAGCAGUUGCCCGACAUGGAUUUAAGGUUGACUGUAAGCUGCCAACUGAAAUCAUUUUUUUCUCAUUUCUACCCUUUGCCCAAAAGGUGUUUGCACAUGCUUCAGCCAGGAUUGGGUCUAAAAAAUUGUCCAUCUAUUCGAUUCGUUAGAUUGAGUAAAAGGCUUAAGUAGUAGCAUUUUUAUAAGCACUGUGGCAUUUAAUAAGUGGAUUCAAAAAGUAUACUUUUAAUAAAUAUAAAUUAGGCGAUGUAACGCUCAAAUUGUCGAAAUUGGUUGUUACCUAUUAUUUUGUGACUAGUGAAUGUUUAUGUAAAAUGUAAUUCGACAAAAAUAGUAAAUGAAGGAUGUGUAUAUUUUCAAUUUUAGUACACUUUGUACAGGGUGUAAAAAAAGGAAGAUGAAACUGUUUAUUCUUAUAUAAUGAAAUGUACAAGAUAUAGUGAGAUUGUUUAUGUAAAGACUGCUUCAUGUUUAAGUCUAGUCGUGUAUACAUUAUUUAUUACUAGGUACUU